GCCUCUGGGGAGGAAACGGAGCUGCAAACUCAGUCCUGCUCUGCUGUACAGGGUGCAGGGCAGAGGGAGAGCCAAUCAUCAAGACGCACAGGCUCCCUUUAAGCCUGACAUAUCUCCAACAGGAACAAAUUGUCCCAACAAUCAACAUCCCAAUCUGCUGCGCGCAUCAGGGGUUGCGGAGGAGCGGAUUGCCCGCACAGAUCUGCGCAGCGUGGACGGGACUGCGGUGGAUUUAAGAAACUUCGGGACGAUCUGAAAUCGCUUUGGAUUCCAGGGGUUUUCGGUGGAGGAGCUUAUCAUGUCGAUAUUACCGUCCUUCGGGUUUACGCAGGAGCAAGUGGCGUGCGUCUGCGAGGUGCUGCAGCAAGGAGGAAACCUGGAGAGGCUCGGCCGCUUCCUGUGGUCUCUGCCCGCCUGCGAUCACCUCCACAAGAACGAGAGCGUCCUGAAAGCCAAGGCGGUGGUGGCGUUUCACCGCGGGAACUUUAGAGAGCUUUACAAAAUCCUGGAGAGCCACCAGUUCUCUCCGCACAACCACCCGAAGCUGCAGCAGCUCUGGCUCAAGGCGCACUACGUGGAGGCGGAGAAGCUGCGCGGCCGGCCGCUCGGAGCCGUGGGGAAGUACCGGGUCCGGAGGAAAUUCCCGCUGCCGCGCACGAUCUGGGACGGCGAGGAGACCAGCUACUGCUUCAAGGAGAAGUCCAGGGGAGUCCUGCGGGAGUGGUACACGCACAACCCGUACCCGUCCCCGAGGGAAAAGAGGGAGCUGGCAGAGGCCACGGGACUGACCACCACGCAGGUCAGCAACUGGUUCAAAAACAGACGGCAGAGGGACAGAGCCGCCGAGGCCAAGGAGAGAGAGAACAGCGAGAAUAGCAACGCAGGCGGCAACAAACAGAACCAGCUGUCCCCUCUGGACGGAGGAAAGUCUCUCAUGUCCAGCUCGGAGGACGAGUUUUCUCCGCCCCAGAGCCCCGACCAGAACUCUGCGCUUUUGCUCCAGGGCAACAUGAGCCACCCCGGGGCCUCCGCUUACCCCAUGUCCGGGCUGGGGGCCCCACAGCCGGUGCACGGCAUGCACGGACACCCGCACCAGCUGCAGGACUCCUUGUUGGGACCUCUAACCUCCAGUCUUGUGGAUUUGGGCUCUUAAAGAGCCCGCCAUGAUAAAACCAGAAAAACCAAAACAACCGAAGAGGAAGAACUGACGCGUGGAUCAGAUUGAAGACAUGUAUGAAAAAAAUAACACUAUAGUAGCCUACCUUAUAAUAUAGACUGACUGUCUGUCGUUAAAUUUUGGUUAGAGCAAAACUCCUUAAUGCGCUUAUUCUUCAUCCGCUGAAUGGAUGUUUUAUUUUUUGUUUUUCCUGAAAACUCCCUCUUAACUCAAGAAACACUUAACAGGAUCAACCACCUGCUUAAUUUAUGAUAUUUUGUUAAAACAACAAAAACAAUUAUAGCAACUUCUUGCGAUGGAAACUAGGAGGAGUCGUUUUCAUUAGAGCCAUGGUAAUUAGUUUCCAAUAAAACAAAAUUAAUGCAUC